AUGGGCUUUUGCAUUGAAAUCAAAAUCCGCAAUAGAAGUUGUUCUUCAUUUACGAGCGAUUAUUUUCCAUUUGGACCUUGUCGUGUACUACAUAGCGAUAACGGCAAAGAAUUCAUUAACAGACUUGUCGUUGAUUUAAAACAUCUUUUUCCGAGUAUGUUGAUUGUUCAUGGGCGUCCGCGUAAUCCAAAGUGCCAGGGUUCAAUAGAGCGUGCCAAUGCAGUUUUAUGUUCAGCUAUUGGAAAAUGGAUGUCAUGCACAAAGUCAAAUCAUUGGUCAGAUUCAUUGUUACCUGUAGUUUAUGGUAUUAAUACCAGAGAGUCUUUUGGUAUAAAAUGUACGCCUUAUCAGAUUAUAUUUGGACAACAUCUCCGUUCAAACUGUUUAUUUUGGGACAGUAUUCAGAUUGAUGGUGCUGUUGAACAUGAUGAUCUUCCAAAAGAGAUUCUUGAUUUGUUACAAAAUGAUGAUAAUGAAGUUGUUGUUGAUGAUGAGCACAAUGAUGUGAAUGAUCCACAAUUGGCUGUUGUUAUGAAUAAGUUCGAUGUGACUACUGAUAGUUCAGAAGCUGAUGAAAAAAAUUCAAAUUUUGUCGUUAAUACUGCUCCGGAUACUUCUUUUAAUAAUACAGUUGUCAUUUCAACAGGUGCUAAUUCAACAUUCGUUACAAGUGAAUCCGACGAAGGUGCUAGGGUUGUCCGGGGUGAUUUAGUUGAUUCUAAACAUGUUGUUCAUUGUCCAAUUUUAACAGGUAGUCCUAUAUUUUCUCGACAUAGUGAAAUUCGAAAAUUUGCGACAGAAAAUUACCUUAAUGAGACCACUAAACGCCAAAAAUUCUCAUAUGAAAAAUUUGUCUUCUGUGUAUAA